CCGCCACCGGGAAACGAGAUGCUUGAUGCAGUGUCCGCCGAAUGAAGUCAAGCUGUCUCAAGACCGCAAUGGCUAUGGGUCUAACGUCGAAAAAAUCGUCUUCUAGAAACAUCGCCGCGGAGCGCAAGAAUCUCAUCACCGUUUGCAGGUUCUCUGUAAAGACUUUAUUGGAAAAGUACACUGCAGAGCCCAUUGAUGACUCUUCAGAGGAGUUCAUUAACUUUGCUGCAAUUUUGGAACACAUCCUCUGUCACCGCUUUAAAGGUCCAGGUGGUUGGUUUAGUUCAGAUGGCCAAAGGAGUUUCUGGGAUUAUAUCCGUCUGGCUUGCAGUAAAGUCCACAACAACUGCAUCAGUAGCAUUGAGAGCAUAGAGAACAUUAGUACAUCACGAGCAAAGGGGCGAGCCUGGAUUCGUGUGGCUUUGAUGGAGAAGCGUCUGUCUGAAUAUGUAGCCACAGCAUUAAGAGACACUCGAACCACCAGGAGAUUUUAUGAUGAUGGCGCUAUUAUGCUAAGGGAGGAAGCUACCGUUCUGACUGGGAUGCUAAUUGGACUCAGUGCUAUUGACUUCAGUUUUUGUCUGAAAGGAGAGGUUUUGGAUGGAAAGACUCCAGCAGUGAUCGACUACACACCUUACCUGAAGUUCACCCAGAGCUAUGACUACCUGAGUGAUGAGGAGGACUGCCGCAGUGUGGACAGUAGUGCCAGUGAUGAGAGUGUAGCUGAACAUCCCUACAUUCCUCUGGUCACAGAUGAAGAGACCUGGAGCAACAAGUGCCGAAAGAUGGAGCAAAGGUUCAAGAUCGUCUAUGCACAAAAGGGUUAUUUAGAGGAAUUGGUGCGCUUGAGGGAGUCCCAGCUGAAAAAUGUAGAAACUGAGAACAAGAGGCUAGAUGCUAAACUAGAAGAACUGCGGAUUCAGAGCCAGCAAGAGAGGCAGGAACUGGAGGCCAUUAUACUGGAGCUACAAGCACAACUCACUGCCAUAAUUCCCUCUCAUUUGGUAAAAGGCCUGUCUAUUCCACUCAUCAACCAAUGGUCAACUGCACAAGCCGCAAAUAAACAAGGAAACGUAAAGGUGUUCCGUCGGAGAAGUUUUCACAGUUUGAACCUCUCGGCUGAUGUGAGUUUGAACUCUGACUCUCAUAAUGAAGACAGCAAUCAGAAUAGAGGCACAGCGUGGACACCAGCUAAGGACAACACUCCAUCUAUGCUGGGUCUAUGUGGUUCUUUGGCUUCUCUACCCAGCUGUAAGUCUCUGGCAAGUCUCAAAUCUAGUGAGUAUUUGGUCAACAUCAGCACCGAGCCAAGUCCUGCCCUCUCCCCCAACUAGGGGGCACCAGAAUCCAGCCAACAAGACAUUUCUCUGCCCCAACUUUAAUUUUCUUUAAGAGACAACACACCCAUCCUGCUUACAUCCCCCAAUGUUCCUAAUCCUCCAAUGUUCCUUGUGAUCUGAAUCAAAGCCUUUUUACAAUGAGGAUUAUUGAUAUUAAAAAUAUUCAGUAUUGUAAAAUGACCCCAUAGAGUUUUUAGUUUCCUGCAAGAACUUUUACUGUAUGUGAAUUUGGUAUUUGUAAGUGUGCAAGUGAAGACAACCCCCAGAGCAGUCUCUUAGUUUCACAUCCUUAAUUUAGCAACAUACUUUUCACUCUAGUCUUCCUCCGCCUUUUAAAUAUGGUCUUCAUCAGCAUGUUAGAGUUUUUGGUAACAUUCCCUGAGCCCAAAUCCAUAUCAGUUAGGCUUGAUUUUCUUUCAUUCCCAACACCCAAGGUACACAACAGAUCACAGUGCAUUGCCCUCUUCCUAUGCUUAUUACCUUAAAUGAAUAGUUUAACCAAAUAUACUGUCAUUAUUGACUGAUAUUCUAGCAGAAAAUUUCAGGAAAAGGAGUGGGAACCCAAGGGAGGGAGGGGACAGAAGCUUCUGCUUGUAUCUGCAUGUGAAAAGUGCUUUAUUGAGUCUGUAAAAGCCUCCACUGACAGCAUGUACUUGCUCUAAUAAAUGCAAGUAUAUCAACUGUUGUCAGCUAAAUUGAAAUCUUGUGUCAUAUAUGUUACUGGUGUCACUUUAUUUCUUGUGUUUCUUAAGUUUAUGUAUACAUAAUUGCCUUUUUUGUUAUGCAGAAGCAGUACUCUG